GGAACCCAGUGCAGCCCUGAGGCUGCUGUGAGCGGCAGUGCUGGGCCGGAGGACGGCAAACGCAUCAGCAGGAGCUGGCGGCGGGGCAAGGCUCUGAAGAACCAUUAUUCCCACAUGUUAACCAUCUGCUUUGGGGCAAUGAGGGGACCAACUCUGGAUUGACCAUCUGCUUUGGGGGAAGGAUGGGACCAACUCUUGCACUGACCAUCUGCUUUGGAGGAAUGAUGGGAGCAAUGCUGCAUUGACCAUCUGCUUUGGGGGGAAUCACAGAAUCACCAAGAUGUGGAAGGCAGUUGUGGGCCACGACGUGUCGGUGAAGGUGGAGGCACAGAGUGAUGACUGGGACACCGACCCCGACUUUGUGAACGACAUCUCCGAGAAGGAGCAGCGAUGGGGGGCGAAGAGCAUCGCGGGCUCCGGGCGGGCCGAGCACAUCAACAUCCAUCAGCUGAGGAGCAAAGUGUCAGAGGAGCAUGAGGUCAUCAAGAAGAAGGAGCUGGAGAGCGGCCCGAAGGCCUCAUAUGGCUACGGGGGUAAAUUUGGGACAGAGCGGGACCGAAUGGACAAGUGUGCCGUGGGCCAUGAGUACGUCGCUGACGUUGGGAAGCAUUCCUCACAGACUGAUGCAGCUCAGGGCUUCGGGGGGAAGUACGGCGUGCAGCGGGACCGAGCCGACAAGUCGGCGCUGGGGUUUGAAUACAAGGGAGAAGUGGAGAAGCACUCAUCCCAGAAAGAUUACUCCAAGGGUUUUGGUGGCCGUUACGGUGUGGAGAGGGACAAAGUGGACAAAGCAGCGGUGGGAUUUGACUACAAGAGCCAGGCGGAGAAGCACGACUCACAGAAAGACUACUCAGUGGGCUUCGGUGGGAAGUUUGGGGUCCAGAGAGAUCGUCAGGACAAGAGUGCUCUGGGCUGGGACCACCAGGAGGAGGUGCAGCCCCACGCAUCCCAAACAGAUUAUGCCAGGGGGUUUGGAGGCCGCUAUGGGGUCCAGAAGGACAGGGUGGAUAAGAGUGCUGCUGGCUUUGACGAGAUGGAAGGUCCAACCUCCAGAUAUGAGAAAACACAACCAGUGGAGGCAGCUUCCAGUGGUGCCAGCAGCUUGCGGUCACGGUUUGAGAACAUGGCUAAGUUGGCAGAUGAGGAGAGCAGGAGGCGGGUGGAAGAGGAGCGGGCCAGGCGGCAGGCACGGGAGGACCAGGCAGCACGGCGGAAGCAGGAAAUCCCACAGAGAGAGAUGGACCACACAGAGCCACCUCCUGCCCCUGUGCCAGCAAGAGUCCCUGCGAGAGCUGAGCAGGAGCCCAUGUCACGAGGAGAACAGGAAGCAAAAGGAGAGGAGGAGGAGGAGACAGCACCUGCGUUGCCCCCAAGGCAAGCAGAUCUGACCGAGGAGGAGGAACAGCCCAUCUACAGUGAGACUUUUGAUGGUGGUGACUACGAGGAGCUGCUGGAGCGCUCCGACUACUGCGACAGCGUCAGUGCGGGCGCUGACUACGAGGAGCUGCCGGGACCCGUCGGAAAGCCGGGUGCCACCUACAGCCUGGGAGAGGAGGAUGAAGGGGCGGACUAUGACGAGGUCAUUCCUGAGGAGUCCAGCCAGAGCCAGCCCUGCAGUGGGGGAAUGGACAACAUUUAUGAGGUGGAGAGCCCUGGGAUCUGUGCGGUGGCCCUCUACGAUUACCAAGGAGAUGGAGACGAUGAGAUUUCCUUUGAUCCCAAUGACACCAUCACACACAUCGAGAUGGUGGAUGAAGGCUGGUGGAAAGGGCAGUGCCAUGGCAAAGUGGGGCUCUUCCCAGCAAACUACGUGAAGCUCCUGCAGUGAAGCCAGGGUCCAACUGCCUCCUCCCGAACCUUUGCCUCUCUCCUCUUCAGUCCUUUAUGUAUUAUUAGCUUGAUUUGACCCUGCUUGGCGUGGCUGCAUGCAAGGAAUAGCAGUGAACAAACCAGCAGUGUGGAAGAAAAUGUCCAGGGUGGAUUCUGAUUCCCAUCCCAUCAAGAAAGGUGGGAUGGUUCCAGAACUUAUGGGUGUGAUGUCUGCUGUCUGGAUCAUCCCAUGCAUCAACCACAGUGCGUGAGGGAGAACUGUGUCCAUUUCUGUUCCAGCAGGGCAGUUCUCAGGCGAGGAACACCAACCAUGAUGUGGUCAGGGCAGGAGGGAGUGCCAUUUGUCACCUCCAUGUGUCAGAUCUUUAUCCCAGGGAGCUGCAGUAGGACAGGAAGGGAUGGGCUGAGGGUGCGCUGGGGAGGGUCAGGUUGGAGCUGGGGAACAAUCUGUGCUCCAAAGAGCGGCCAGCACUGCACAGCUGCCCAGGGCAGUGGGGAGUCCCCAUCCCUGGGGGUGUUCAGUGACCACAGGGAUGUGGCACUUGGGGACGUGGUCGGUGGGAUGGGUUGGGGUUGGAUUGGGGUUGCAUUGGGAUCUCAGAGGUGUCUUUUCCAGCCUCAGUGGUUCUGUGAGUGGUUCUGAAGUCAGCCCACCCAUCCCCACUGCAGGAAUAGUUAUUUGCAUCUAAUUAGCUCACCUGUCAAUAGGAAUUAAUGAGGAAAGGAGUGAAUUGUUCAUGCUGGGUGGGGUUCCCUUACCUGAAGGAUUCCCAUUGCUGGUGCUGUUGGCCAAAUCCUGCUUCCCUGGCAUGGGUUGUUUGCAUCACUUUGAGGUCUACCAAACCUGCAGCAGCCCGGUUUGGGCAGAGCUCACAGCAGCAGUAUCUCUCUGUGCCACACUGUGCUCCCACUUAUAGCUCAAGCAAUAAAUUCUUCUGUCCUGA